AUGGCAGACAGAGACACAGAUGAAUUAAACAUCGAUAACGUAAUAAAAAAAUUAUUAAAAGUGCGAGGCGAGAAGCCUGGCAUGAAUGUACAGUUAACGGAAAUCGAGAUUAAAGGGCUAUGCUUGAAAUCCCGAGAAAUAUUUCUGUCACAACCGAUAUUACUUGAAUUAGAAGCACCGUUAAAAAUAUGCGGUGACAUUCAUGGACAAUACUAUGAUUUGUUAAGACUGUUUGAGUAUGGUGGCUUUCCACCAGAGUCAAAUUAUUUGUUCCUCGGAGACUAUGUGGACCGCGGCAAGCAGUCACUCGAGACGAUAUGCUUGUUACUCGCGUACAAGAUCAAAUAUCCAGAGAACUUCUUCUUAUUAAGAGGGAACCAUGAGUGUGCUAGCAUUAAUAGGAUUUAUGGAUUCUAUGACGAAUGCAAAAGGAGGUACAACAUCAAGUUAUGGAAAACUUUCACGGAUUGCUUCAACUGCUUACCAGUCGCUGCGAUAGUUGACGAGAAGAUCUUCUGUUGUCACGGCGGCCUCUCCCCCGACCUGCAAGCCAUGGAACAAAUACGGCGGAUCAUGCGGCCCACCGACGUGCCGGACCAGGGGCUGCUGUGCGAUCUGCUUUGGUCCGACCCGGACAAGGACACGGCCGGAUGGGGAGAGAACGAUCGUGGUGUCAGCUUUACAUUCGGCACAGAGGUUGUGGGCAAGUUCCUGUCUAAGCACGAGUUCGACCUGAUCUGCCGUGCCCAUCAGGUGGUGGAGGACGGCUACGAGUUCUUCGCGAAGCGACAGCUCGUUACACUCUUCUCUGCGCCCAACUACUGCGGCGAAUUUGAUAAUGCUGGCGCCCUCAUGUCCGUGGACGAGACGCUGAUGUGCUCGUUCCAGAUUCUGAAGCCGGCGGACAAGCGCAAGCUGUACUCGGGCCUCAACAUGGGCCGCCCCAACACGCCGCCGCGCGCGCAACCCAAGAAUAAGAAGAAAGAUAUA